AUGAUGUCUUUUUCAUUCUUUUUGCGGUUAAUUACCCUUCCGUUUGUAUGGAUUUGGACAGCUAUUUUGUAUGUAACCGUGGGGACAAGAUUUCGAGAACAAGAAGCAUUUCAAAAAAGCUUUUCUCUGAAUUUGUUUGCUAUGAGCUAUACGCAUCUAAGUAGUGGGACGACGUUGAAAGAUUUUAAAUACAUCGAUGGGGGAAAGAGUUUGUUUGGUAUACUAGAAAAAAACGAGAACAAAUUCAAUCCUUCUAAAAGUCUUCCUAGCUAUGGAGAAGUAUUCACUCGAAAAGAUACUGAAAAAAUUAUCCCCGAUUCCGCAUGGCUUGCUAAACAUCCUCAAGAAAUGGGUAAAGAGGACUCCGUUAUCGUCUAUCUUCAUGGCGGAAUGUUGUGCCAUUCUAUUUCACCGGUUCAGAUUUCUGCGUUCAGUAAUAUGUAUACUCUGCUUAAAAAAAAAGGAUCAAAACCGCCUUCUAUGUUGUUUAUCGAUUAUUCUUUGCUACCUAACGGAAACACCUAUCCAACACCAAUUCUUGAAUGCUUAAAUGUUUAUGACAAGUUGGUUUCCCUUGGAUACAAGAAAAUACUUCUAGUCGGUGACUCUUCUGGUGGGUACCUCUCGCUGUCUAUGCUUUACUAUUUAAACGAAAGGUCCAAAACAAACAAGGUAGUCUGGCCUCAUGGUGUAGCGUUAGUUUCACCUUGGUUGGAUUUGAACAAUGCCGAAAAAACCAAAUCUUAUAAAAAUAAUGCUAAUAAAGAUGUGCUCACCUUCGAGGUUUCGCAAAAAUAUGGAAAAGAAUUUUUUCAACGAAAUGAGAAUUUAUACUCUUUGCCAUUAGCAAAUAUAAAUUUGAACACUUCAGAUGAUAUUUGGGCAGAACUUCCACCUUUGCGUAAAGGUAACUUUCUGGUAGUGGUUGGCAAGGACGAAAUCUUGAGAGACAGUAUUUUGGAAUGGUGCCUCGAAAAGUCCUCUCUAAGUAAAAAUUAUCCUGAAAGGAUAAUGAUCGAAAACAAGGGCAUUCAUGAUGGUUUGUUCGUUACAGAAACUUUUAUGCUCUUGAGGAAAUAUAUAACUUUUGAGGAAUGGUCUCAAAAGUUUGGAGUGAAUGCACUGUAUAACUUUAUAAAAGAAAUGGACGAUAACCUAAGUUAA